ACCACUCUCUGUACCAUUUUCUGCAACUCCACUCUUUCUCUCUCUCUCUCUCUCUCAAAUUUGCAAUAGGAAGGAAUCUUGAAGAGAUGAAUUAUUUUCCCAGUAAUCCCAUGCUUCAUCAUCUGAACCGUCCCAGCACAAUUCAGCCUAGGGUUUCCUCCAUUGAAAUUCCUCCAUUACCCCUUCAAGUACCAGCCCUUCUCUGCUAGUACAAACCUAACAGAUCUCUCUUUCUCUCUAUCACACACAUAUUCUCAGGAGGAGGAGAAAGAAGGGGAACCCUACAACAUCAAGCUCUCAGUCAAAACAAUGGAAGGAGCUAUGAAAGCCCUACAACAACACCCUCCCAUCUGAAAUCGCCAUAGCCAUUGUUUCUCUCUCUCUAGAGGAAAAGGAAAAAGAAAGACAAUCUCCUCUCUGAAAUCAACAUACCCUUCAACUCUCUCUCUUGUGUGUGUGGGAAGAUAAAUAUCUACGAUAACCUACCGAGAACAAUCUCCUAUCUGAUAUCAGCGCACGAUCAACUCUCAUUCUCUCUCUUGCCACUAUGAUUAAGCAAUUCCUCAGCAAACUCCCUAGAAAAAACCCUAAACCAGAUUCACCCACCACCUUCUCCUCCCCACUAAUCACAGAGCCCUCCAUCUCGGGUCGACGCACUUCCUCUGCUGUAUUCCCUGCAAAUUUUGAUCCCCUCUCCUCUCUCAAAGAAGCUCCAGCUUCAGAGAAACAGUCACUCCUCAUCAGUAAACUCAAUCUCUGCACCCUAAUUUCUCACUCUAGCAAUUCACAACCCCUCAAUGAAACUGAUCAAGAAUUGAGGCACCAAACCCUCAUUGAAAUCCUUGAUUUUGUCAACUUGGGUUCCUGUAAAUUCAAUGAACAAGUCAUGGAGGCCCUCUGUAACAUGAUCUCAGCUCAUAUUUUUAGGGUGUUACCUCCUAGCAUUCGAAGCAGUACUGUUUUUUCACCUCAAUCAGCAAUGGAUAUUGACGAAGAUGAGCCUGCCAUGGAUCCAGCUUGGCCCUAUCUCCAAAUUGUCUAUGAUUUGCUAUUGAAAUUCGUUGCCAGUUCCAACACUGAUCCAAAAGCUGUGAAGAAGUACCUGGACCAUUCCUUUGUGUUUCGAUUGCUGGAGCUCUUUGAUUCUGAAGACCCAAGAGAGAGAGAGGCCUUGAAGAAGAUUUUGCAUAGAAUUUAUGGGAAAUUCAUGGUUCAUAGGCCAUUUAUAAGGAAAACAGUGAGUAAUAUAUUUUAUCGAUUUGUUUUUGAAACAGAGAGGCAUAAUGGGAUAGCUGAGUUGUUAGAGGUUCUUGGGAGUAUAAUUAGUGGGUUUGCUUUGCCAUUAAAGGAAGAGCAUAAGAUGUUCUUAGUAAGAGCUUUGAUCCCACUUCAUAAGGCUAAAAAUAUUGGGGCUUAUCUUCAACAGUUAUCAUUUAGUGUCAUUCAGUUCGUAGAGAAGGAGCCCAAAUUAGCAGGGACCGUUAUAACGGGGUUGUUGAAGUACUGGCCAGCCACUAAUAGCCAAAAGGAAGUGAUGUUUUUGGGGGAAUUGGAGGAGGUUUUAGAGGUGACAAAUGGAGUUGAGUUUCAGAGGAUUAUGGUCCCCCUUUGUAGGCGAAUCGCAUUGUGCAUCAACAGCUCCCACUUUCAAGUGGCUGAGCGAGCUCUUUUCUUGUGGAACAAUGAGCACAUCGUCAGCUUAAUUGCUCAGAACCGGCAAGUUAUCCUAACUCUUGUCUACCAGGCACUUGAAAGGAACACAAGAAGCCAUUGGAACCAGGCUGUUCUCAAUCUCACUCUAAAUGUAAGGAAGAUGUUCUCUGAGAUGGAUGAGGAGCUUUUCCAAAUGUUCCAGUCUAAUUAUGAGGAGGAAGAAGCAAAGGCUAAAGGGGUGGAGGAGAAGCGUAGGCUAACAUGGGAACGCUUAGAGGCAGCUGCCAAAUCUGGGCCUUCUGACCCUGCUAAAAACACAGCUGUUUUGGUAACCCCUCUAAUCAUUUGCACCCCCCUGUGCUAGUUCAAUUAACUGGAUAUUUCUCUUUCUUAUAAAUUACUUGUAAUCUCUACCGUCUCAUGGAUUAGUGUCGGAAAGACCAAGAGGCUCUUUCUUUCUAAUUAGUGUAGCCUCAUACUGGUCUCUUGUAAUACCAUCAUGUAACUGUAACUAUAAUUAGCCAUAGUGAGAGGGAACUUGUCACUUUCUGGGCAAUUAGUGUAGCUUGUGUCUGUAGAAGUUGUAUCGUUACUUCAUCAAGGUCGUCACUGUAUUUAGGCUUGAACCUGUUGAGCUUCUAUAAUGUAUUUCCUGAGACGGGUUUUUGCU